AUGGCUGUGCGUCAACAACAACGUUCGCUCCAGUGGCAGGUACAGUUGUUCGUGUGCGUGUUUGUGUCUAAUGGGGUUUUGGCACAAGUCAGAUACUCCAUCCCGGAAGAAAUGCCGAAAGGGUCUUUGAUAGGGGAUAUUGCAAAGGAUUUGGGAUUGGAUGUGUGGAGACUUAAAUCGGGUCGUGCUCGUGUUGUUACUGAGGACAGCAGCGAUUGUGUGGACCUGAAUGCGGACAAAGGGAUUCUGCUGGUGAAAAAACGCAUAGACCGAGAGGAGCUGUGCGGUCAGACGUCUCCUUGCAGCUUCAGUUUCGAAAUGGUCCUGGAAAAUCCAAUGGAAUUCACAAGUGUUAAAAUCUUUAUCCAAGACCAGAACGAUAACGCACCUCAGAUCCUCUACCCAGUACAUGCUGGUGGCAGUCUGGUGGCGGAAAUGGUGCCUCGUUCUGCAGACGUUGGAUAUCUAGUCACUAAAGUGGUCGCUGUUGAUGUGGACUCUGGACAGAAUGCCUGGCUCUCAUAUAAGUUUCUGAAAGCGACAGACAGAGCGCUGUUUGAAGUGGGCUCACAGAAUGGAGAAAUAAGAACUUUACGCCAGGUCACUGAUAAAGAUGCUGUGAAACAAAGACUCACUGUUGUAGUUGAGGACAACGGACAGCCCUCUCGCUCUGCUACAGUGAAUGUCAAUGUGGCUGUGGCGGACAGCUUCCCGGAAGUGCUCUCGGAAUAUACAGAUUUUACGCAAGAUAAGGAUUACAACGACAACUUGACUUUUUAUUUAGUUUUGGCAUUGGCGGUUGUUUCCUUCCUCUUCAUUUCGUCUGUAGUAGUCAUGAUAUCCAUAAAAGUCUACAGAUGGAGACAGUCUCGCAUCUUCUAUCAGUCCAAUCUCCCAGUUAUUCCUUAUUACCCACCCCAUUACGCAGACGUUGGAGGCACAGGAACACUACAACAUGUUUAUAAUUACGAGGUGUGCAGGACUACUGAUUCCAGAAAUAGUGACAUUAAAUACCUCAGACCCAUCAGUCAAAGCCUUAUGAGUGUUGACGUAGCUGGUACUGAGACCCUGCCGAAGGAAACCUUGUCUUCCGGUAGUGCAGAUCAAGCAACUUUGGUAAGUAAAUUGUGA